UGGAGCCUCAGCCAAUGACAGUUCAUAUGUGUUGCUUGUGUUGGUGUGAGCUGUUGUGCUGCUCCUCCUCCCUCCAUCAGUGUUACCUUCAGUGUCAGAAGUUGUACCUAGGAAGAUGACUACGAAGCUGGCUAGUGGUCACCGGGUGGAGGCCAUGAGCGAGGAGUGGCUGGCCAAGAUGGAGGAGGAACAGACGCUCUACAACCACGGUAUGGUCCGCCUCAGGCCCGGAGGCUGGCUCUACCCGACGCUCUUCACCAAAUAUGCUGACACCAUCUACAACUUCAAGUUCACUGAAGGUGACGUACUUGUGAUGGGAAUGCCCAGGUCUGGGACGACCUGGAUGUUGGAGUUGGUGUGGACGAUGCUUCACAACCCCGACCUCAACAACCAGAGGGCCGACCUGCCCAUCUUCAUCAGAGCACCGCAUAUAGACUUUGACAUGAUGCUUGACAGCAAGACCAUAAGAAGCACUGUUGAGAAUCCUCAGCCGAUGACAGAAAUGUUUCGUCAAAUGUGUCCAGGCAAGAAGGUAGAAGACGGAGUGUUUCUGCAGAUUAGCGAGGGUUUACCUGCUCCUAGAGUGAUGAAGACCCACCUGCCCAGCACCCUCCUGCCGCUUACCCUUCCUCUAACCACGAAGGUGGUGUACAUUGCUAGAGAUCCCAAGGACGUGGUUGUAUCGCUAUUCUAUCACUUCUGUAACGUAAAGUUCCACAACUAUACUGGCACCUUCGACAACUUCGUCAAGCAUUUCAUGAACAAUGAUUUGUUGUACUGUCCCUACUGGCCCAACCUGAUGAUGGCCUGGGGGCAAAAGGAUGAGCCCUAUAUGCACUUUGUCUUUUAUGAAGACUUUAAAGCUGACAUAAAGAAGGAACUUGGAAAACUGAAUGAGCUGUUGGGCACCAACCUCUCCCAACAGCAGCUUGAUAAUGUUGCCGAACACUGUUCUUUCUCCUCGAUGAAAGCUCGAAGUGAAAAAGAUGCUGCAAAUUAUCACCAAGGUGCCCAGAAGAGCGAAGGAGACUUCUUCAGGAAAGGUGAAAUUGGAGACUGGAAGAACCACUUUUCGCCAGAGCUCGAGCAAGAGAUGAAUAGGUGGAUCGAAAAGAAUUGUGGAAACGCAAUUUUCAAAUGAUACUCUAGUCCCUGAACACGGCACCGAAAAACUUGUUAAACGAUUUAGUUUUAAUGGCUGAUAAUUUGUUUAUAGGUAAAAGUUUUUAAAUUUCUAAUGCCUUCAAUAACUUUAAUAUACUCAUGGAUGUAAUGAGUUUUUUACAGUAAAAAUAAUUUAUUGAAAUUAAGCAACUGAACUUUGCUCUUAAAAUUCGGUUCAGUAAUACUUUCAUCAUAAUUCCAUUGCUCUAACAUGCAGUUGAAUAUUUGAAUUGUAUUCAAUAGAGCAAGCAUACUUACUUCUAAAGUAGUUUCCAAAUAAGUGUUAGGAAUUAAACUACUUUAAUAGCAAAGUUUUAAAUACCGAGUCGGAUUACUUUUAAGUUUAACAAAAUCCGGUUUGCUGUGUUUUCUGCCUUGGCUGAGGCAGAAAACCUUGACUGCCUCAAUCAAGGCAAGGCUGCCUUGACUCCUGCCCACACCCAGGAGGUUACACAUUAAGCCAAUACAAACGACCAUGUAUUAUGUAGUUACUAGUCUUUCGUUAUUCGGGUACGGAUUGUGCAAAAUUCCCCCUGGUGGGUAAAUAGUUAUGAAACGAAUAAUUUCAUUAUCCAUUUGGAUCAUUAAAUUUUAGUAGAAAUUAAAAAAUAUCAAAUUUA